AAAUUUUGUACUGUACAAGUUUUAUUCUUUCAGUUAUUCAGACGUUUUUGUUUUGACUCUGUAAGCCUCUGUUGAUUUUAAUCUAAUAAUUACUGACUGAAAUUUAACUUUUUGUCUGUUUUGUGUGAUAAAUAUAAAACACAAAAAUCUGGAAUCAUAAUGAUAAAAGUAUUUUAAAUACUAUUAUUGUCAUUCAGUGUUGGCACCAAACUGCUCUGCGGAUUUGAAUUGUUUGGAAGAAGUCACAACUCACAAGUGACUAUAAGUCCUGAAAAUAGUGUUCAUCAGUUACCGUUGUUUAUGUGACGUAUGCCUUUUGCCUUGAGAUGGCGCGAUCUAGAGAAACCCCAAUGUUGGGGGGACUUAACGAAAGGGAGACACAGCGGGGCAAAUCUGCUCAUCUUCUGCAUGAUUUCAUGCGCAGUGUCGCCACUAUUGCAGCAUUCGAAGGACCGGAGAAGAAGGAAAAAGAACGCAAUCGCAUUGAACGGGAAUAUCGUCGCUGCGACGAACAGUUGUCGGGACUGAUUGAACAGAAACGCGAAGAGCUAACCACUUCGGCACAGACUUUUACACAGGUGGUCGGACGUCUUAAUGCCAUGAAAGAGAGUUCGACAGCGGUGCGCAGUUGGCUCCUAUCAGCCAAAGACCAUUUACGAGGCAAGCAGGAGGAUUUGAAAACUUUGUGGUUGCAAUCUGUGGAAUUGCAGGAGGAGUUGAAGUUGUUGCACUCCAUCGAUACCAUCAAGGAUUUGCCUGCUGCCAUUCGGGAAUCUGUAGCGCAACAAAAAUAUUUGGAAGCCACUCAAAAAAUCAUGGAUGGCUUGCAGAUUGUUAACGGCAAACUGCAUGAUGUGGAAGCAGUUGCCAAUGUUCGCAGCGAAUUGCUGCAAGAGCGAGACAAUCUGAAGGAUUUAAUGUUGCGCCAGUUGGAAUUGUUUCUAUAUGUUCGAAACACGUCCAAUGUUUUCAAGAAAACAUCUUUGCGCAAAGCCGAAGUCACGGAGGAUGAUGAGCCGGAUGUGCCAAUCGAAAUCGUGGUGCGGUGUCUGCACGAUAUGGACCGCCUGGUGGACGCUCUGAAGAACAGUUUGCUGGCGUUGGGUGACAAGCUGCAACAAGUGUUUCUCCACACAACGGAAACUAUUCACGCCAUUAAUUACGUGGAGCUGUUGCAGAGCAAGGAUCGACCAGAAUUAUUGGAUCAGUUAAUCAAGCUUCUGGUUGAUCAGUUCAUAGCCAUCGCGGAAGCGCACAGUGCGCUGUUGGAGGCCGUUACAACCAUCAGGUUUUCAGCUGAUAUGGACCCGAUUGCUGGAAAGGCUCUCAUGGUAUACGACAUGUCGGACGUUUGGUUGGCCAUUGAAGGAAUUAUGCAGCGGAUUUUAGCACACUAUCUGGAUCAGAAGAACGAGCAAAUAAAGGAAGCAGUGGAUAAACGCGAACAGUUGUUUGCUGAACGAGUUAAAGCGGCUUGGGCUAGAAGACGCCCUAAAAAAAUCCAGGGCAUCGAUUUCCGAUUUGAAAACUCUACAUCAACGCAAGUUCUCAAUGAAUACGCCGCCGAAGAACGUCGAAGAAAAUUUGUGGAUGGAGCUCUUUUGUUAUCGGAACAGGAAGAGCUGGAGUUGAAAAAGAUUUGCACUCCCGCAAUGAAAAACAUUACCACGCUGUAUCCUUCUAUGAUGCGCCUAUGUGAUAAAAUUGACUCCUCAUCGUCGGCUAGCGGAAAAUCAUGUGUUUUGUCCAUUUAUGUGAAUCGGUUUGUGGCAGACACCUAUCUUCCUUCUGUGGAGCAUGUCGUCGGAGAGAAAGUUCGCCAUAUUAGCAGAGACGAUACCAUCAAGUUGGCACCUCCUGGUGUCCUCAAAGCGCUAAAGGAACACAACGUGAAAAUUCUACUAAAUGUAUAUCAGUUCUAUCGUCAGAUCGAAGAUCUUUGCAAUUUAUUGUACACUAUGCCACUCCACUCAGAAAAAAUUUUGGCUGUGACAGCCAUUUGCGUCAACGAAUUUAUUGAUGGAACGAAGUUUACUUUCCGUAAGAUAGCAGCCUACCUUCCUGAAAAGGAAUUUCCGGAAAGUGUUCGUUGGACAGAGGACGAUCAGUUUUGUCUAUUUUACCGAGCUCUUCCUGGUUGGUUUUAUCGCGGAUCCAUCGAAGCAUCAGUUUUGCAAAGCAGCGCUACUGAACUGGAUACGCUGCUAAAAAUGUACGACGGUUCUUUGGCGGAGAUCAUGAAUGAACCCAAAGUGAUGAGAAUUGUAGCCUUAUUUAUGGAAAACUGUGAGUGGCUGUCGCAUAUGUUGGACCGUAUGGUCAGAAGCUUACCUGUUACUGAGUUAUCGAGUUCAGCAUGCGCUGAAUUGGCGCGGCCGUUAAAUCUAAUUGGAACAUCGAAUGUCCUCUAUCCCAUUCCCACUGUCCAUUUGGAUCCACUGCGGUUUGCCGCAACAGCUCUGAUGGAAUUCGCGGAAAAGUGUUUUCUAGUGAUACAUUGGGAGAUUCGUAUUCGUUGUUUGCAUUACUUACACAAAUCAUUCAUUGCAAGCCGGCUGGAUUUGACGCUACAGGACGUCUGCGAAGAAACAGAGCGACGCGUUGGCUUGCUGGUGAAUGAUCUGUGGAAUAUAUCCCGAAUUAUUUCGCAUAUUGUACAAGAGAAGAAAUUUAAUUUUUUUUAUCGAAGCCUAGCCCAGCUUCUACGUGAUAUCUUCAUACGAAGUGCCGACCAGAUGGUCAAAAUCAACAUGAGAGCUGUUAAGUGUGUGCAGCGGUGUGUAUUCCACUUGGAGGAAGCCUUAACCCAAAUCACUGGCUUUAAGGAGCCUGCCUUUGAGGAAAUACGACAGUAUUUUGAUAUGUUCGCAUCCGCAUCUAAACCCGGUGAUGUUGUAACCCAUGUAAUGGACCAAAGACGGCCGUUUUCGGAGCACGAAUAUGAAAUUGCGAUUCGUUUAGUCCAUCGCACGUACCAAAACGAAUUACGCGCACAGAACCUGAUGCCUUCGCCAUCGAAAAGUCAUACCGUUGCUUCUUGGACUGCAGAGGAGGAGGUUGACCAAUUAAAGAAAGUGAUAAAUAAUGGAGAUGUAAGCAGAAUAUGAUUCAUUGUGUUUUCCGAAUAGUCUGUGUAUCUGUAGUUUGACUUUACUAUGCUACAUAAUGUUCCUUGAUUUCUACGUCUGAUGUUUAUACCUGAUGCCUUUGUGUCUCUCCGUAAUUUGUGACAUUGUCUGAGUGUGAUUAACAUUUAACAUUAAUAAGGAUGGAAUUUAUGAUUGCAGAAUAAAAUUAUAUUAUGUGG